CACUUACAUCUCAAGCGAUUCGCUUUUUGAAACUGAUAUUCUAAUGUCUUGUCGGGGCUGUCGUGUUCUCGUCAACAACAAACACCAUUACAUACAAUGUUGGGUUGUGCGCUUUAUCAUCCACCACAAACAGAGUUUGAACGCAUAAAAAGGCACAACUAUUGCUGUUGUCGCGAGUGGAGACAUUUUGUUUGGGGACGUGAAGGCGCCGAGCGUGACGCCACUGAAGGUGUGCUUUUUGUUAAGUGCUUCCUCCGGAGUACAACAGGCGGACUUGUGGCCACAUUGCAAUCAGUUGCUAGAGGAUCGUUUCAGCAGCCAUACGGCAAGGUGUGUGCUGUUUGAGGCGGAGGAACAACCCAAAAAGGACUUCCCGCCGAAGCGGAGGGGUGCGCCCCCUGGGCGCUCGGUGAACACCAUGUGCCGACGCCGGUGUGGUCCUAGCACUGCCCGUUAAAAGCCAGCCCAGCCUACCGACUGCCCGUCUCUGCACCAUGAAGAAGGUAGCGGCAUGGUCGGCCGAGGACGUGGCCGACUGGCUGAGCAAAGAGGGCAUGCCGGAGUACAUCGACGCCCUCCGACAGACGGAUGGCACCGCCUUGCUGCGGCUUACGCGGGCGCACUUCCAGAUGCCGCCGCUUCUACUGGUGUCCUCGGACGGCGGGCAGCAGCUGCUGGAGCGGGUGGAGACACUGCGGAUCGAGACCCACAUAGAGGCCCACAAGAACGGCCACACCAACGGGCACGCCGGCGGGGUGCCCAAUGGCACGGGUACGCCCCUGAGGAAUGGUGCGGUGCGAUCGGCAGACUCCAGGGUGGAGAUGGUGCACAUUCCCAUCCCCCCCAUGGAAACCCUGCACUCCUCCUUCCCUCCCGAGUGGGGCAGGACGGGCGUGGCAUUCGUCUACGCGGUUCUGUGCUUCAUCACCACCACCGUGGUCAUAUCGGUGGUCCACGAGCGGGUACCGCCCAAAGAGCACACCCCGCCGCUGCCCGAUAAGUUCUUUGACUUGUUUGACAGGAUAGAGUGGGCCUUCUCCAUCUGCGAGAUCAACGGCAUGCUGCUGGUGGCGCUGUGGCUCAUACAGUGGGCUCUUCUCAAGCACAGGUCAAUCAUAGGCAGACGCUUCUUCUUCAUUGUGGGUACGCUGUAUUUGUAUCGCUGUGUUACAAUGUACAUCACCACUCUGCCUGUUCCUGGGAUGCACUUCAGAUGCUCUCCAAAGCUUUUGGGCGACUGGGAGGCGCAUAUGAGAAGAGUGAUGAAGAUGAUCGCCGGCGGGGGCCUGUCCAUCACGGGCUCUCACACCAUGUGUGGAGAUUACCUGUACAGCGGCCAUACUGUCAUGCUGACGCUAACAUACCUCUUCAUCAAGGAGUAUUCCCCCCGACGCUUCUGGUGGUAUCACUGGAUCUGCUGGACCCUGAGCGCCGUGGGAGUCUUCUGCAUCCUUCUGGCCCAUGACCACUACACAGUGGACGUGGUGGUGGCCUACUUCAUCACCACGCGCCUCUUCUGGUGGUACCACACCAUGGCCAACCAGCAGGCGCUGAAAGAGACGUCGCAGAGUCACCCCUUCUCGCGGGUGUGGUGGUACCGGCCGUUCCAGUACUUGGAAGAGAACGUCAGCGGCACGGUGCCUCGCACCUACCAGCUCCCGCUGUGGCUGCGGGCCGCGGCGUGGACCCGGGGCGUGGCCUACAGCAGGCUGGAGGUCCAGUGACGCGGGCGGGACCGUGGACUCCACAAGCGGAGGACGUGUUUGAUGUAGCGCUGAAAAGUGGGCGGCCCCUCCCCAAAAAGGGGGAACUUUUUGUGUUUGUGUCCGUCCUCUUCCUCUGCAGGUGGGAGCUGAUCUCCCCAUCGUUUCCUACCACUUCCUGAACGCCAAGCAUUUCUAAAAGCCUGUUUUUCCUCUUGGCACAAAGCGCUCAUGCCCCCCCACCCCCUCCAGUGCGGAGUCCAGAAUGCCAAAUGUAUUUCUUAAAAGCUAUUUGUUUUGUAAAGUUGCUAAAAACAAACUAGUCAAAGGUGCAAAAUCCUAUUUUUUCUAAGCAUGUUUAUUUUUCAAGGAGAACAAGAAAUGAUUCUUUUUAGAUUUCUACCUUUUUAAGACCGAAGAAGUAAGGAUCUCAUCCAAGGAAAUCUUAGUGCCUUUCUAGCUCGAUUGUACAAACCAGUCACUUACCAGUCAAUGCUGGGGGCGCGGCCACAGCCCCUCCCUCGCUGGGGGCGCGGCCACAGCCCCUCCCUCGCUGGGGGCGCGGCCACAGCCCCUCCCUCGCUGGGGGCGCGGCCACAGCCCCUCCCUCGCUGGGGGCGCGGCCACAGCCCCUCCCUCGCUGGGGGCGCGGCCACAGCCCCUCCCUCGCUGGGGGGCGUGGCCACAGCCCCUGUUGUCCCUUGAAUGUAAAAAGUGGAAAAUGCCAGCCUUUUCCAGGAUUGGUCUUCCCUACUCUGUAUUUAUUCUCCGGCUUCGCGGCCUCCCAGGAGUUCUUGUAGGACUGAAUUCUCUCUUUGAAACGUCCGUCACAUUUCAUUCAUCCAGACGCCAGCGUUCAUCACUUCCUGCUUCUUGGAGUGACAAUAGUCUGGAGUUUGAGGCAAAGAAAUGAUUGUGAAUGUUCUUAUCAUGUCCAUGUAUUUCUUUAAGUCCAUCACCAGCCCCUUUCACACGGAACACGGAAUGGACCAGGCAAUGUUCCACCUUCAGACUGAGUCAGAUUGAGUCAUGGCCCCUUUCACACUGCCGUCUGUCCUUCCUGUUCCCUCUGUUUGAACGGCGCUAACAAGGAAGGGCGCUUGGAAUUCUAUUAGCAAAAAGCGGCAGCAGAGGCAGGAUGGUGAAAUCCCACACUCGCUCCUCCUGCCCCGCUGGGUCCUGCCGUACGGGGUGUCUGUGUGAAAUGGGCGGUUUGGAUAUGGUCCAUGGUGUUCAUGUUACUGACUGGACUGCGAUCACCAGCAGAGACUGACAAUUGGAAGGCCUUCUCACAGUUGCGUGAGAGACGGAAGGUACGGUCCCCGACGGUCGCCAAUGGUCCCAGAGGGUCUCGGACGGGGAUGGACGGUUGCAAAGGGGGCAGGCUAGGGAAUCGUGUUUUAAAGACGUGUGGAGCGAUGCUGUCCAAUCAUUUCUAAUUGUCCAAAUUGGAUGGGGGUGGGAUGAAGACAGGGAAGGUGUUGGCCAAUCAUGUGUAUGUUUGGUCUUCAUGAGCGUAGGUCACCAUCCAUAUGUCCUGGGGACGUCCUGUGCAUAUAGCAGAUGUUUUGUACGCUAAAGGAAUCUCAAUGGGACGCUGUUCAAUUAAAGAUUUUACUAUAUUA